GAUAGUUUGUAGCUUCGUGAAUGUGUGUGAUGUAAAAGGCAGCAACUUCCGAAGUCUAGACUCAGAAACUGUCAAACACACAGAGGGACUGAAACAAGCUGAGAAUUAUUUAGCUGCCGGGCUUCAUUUCUGUACAACAGCUCGUUGUUUUGAGCAUGGAGAAAGCGAAGCAGGAUUCCUUCGACAGAGCCAGACUGCAGGUGAUCAAGGACGGCUAUGAACGGGCGUUCGAGUGCAUUAACAAGGCUCUUUCUGAGGAUGAGGCGGGACACAAGACUCAGGCUUUGGAGCUUUACCGUCAGGGACGGCAGCACCUUCUCAGAGCGCUCAGCGUGCCCACGAGGGGAGACGAGUGCGUGGGUGCUCAGUGGGAUUCGGCCCGGCAGAUGCAGCAGAAGAUGCAGGAGACUCUGAAUAACAUCAUGUCUCGAUUAACAGUGCUGGAGAACAGCCCGGUUCCCUCAGCUCCUCCUUCUGUUCCGAGCAGACCAGCGAACGAGGCGUCUUCUCAGAACCUGUACCCCACACUCCCUGCGAGACCGCCACCACCCGCAGUGCUGUUCUCCAACAGCCAACCUGCAGGAACCGAACAACCGCCUGCGUACUCCCCACAAGCUGCUGAUGGACACGUCAGUAUUUCAUAUGGAACAGCUGCAGGAGAGCUGUCUUUAGUCGGGGAUGAGUACUACAGCCAAACGACCAGCUCUAACACCUCGUCACAGAUCCUGGGGGAAGACGGAGAGGAGCUGUUUUUCCUGCCCAACGGCGUCCAGAUCUUCUUCGUCACUCCUGAUGGACUCGUGAGCGCACCCUCUUACCCAGGAUACCUGCGUAUCGUGAAGUUCACCAACAACUGUUCAGAGACGAUGCCCACCAGGCCACCCGCCUUCCUACAGGUGUGUGACUGGCUUUACCCCCUCAUGGCCACUGACUCUCCAGUCCUGCUGUGUAACACAGGAGUCUACAUGUUCCCUGAUUUGAUGGCUCCUUCUCCAGGCUACUACGUGGGUGUGGUGCUGUCCUCUGAGCUGCCCUCGUCAGAGCGUGACAUCUUCCAGGACGUCCUGUCCCAACUGACAGACCUGAGAGUCCAGCCGUCCAGUGAAGCAGCAGACACUAUUCACCUGCCUCAGAAGGUGCCCAUAGAGCCAGCGGUGCCUGAGGUGGCGCCCCCCGAUGAGGAGGAGACCGCACUUCCAGAGUGGAGCGAGAAAGUGGCUCAUGGGAUUCUUACAGGAGCUUCCUGGCUGAGCUGGGGAUUAGCGAAGGGAGCUGAAUACACAGGGAAGGCCAUCCAAAAAGGUGCAUCCAAACUGAGGGAACACAUCACACCCGAUGACAAGCCCACCCAAGUCAGCCCUACGGUCACUAGAAGCCUCCACGUAGCCAAGCAAGCCACAGGAGGAGCUGUGAAAGUCAGCCAGUUUCUGGUGGAUGGGCUGUGCACCAUCGCUGGUCAUGUGGGCAGAGAGCUAGCCCCUCAUGUAAAGAAACAUGGAGCUAAACUAAUCCCAGAGUCCAUGAAGAAAGACAAGGACGGACGAUCCAACAUUGAUGGGGCCAUGGUCGUAGCUGCAAGUGGAGUUCAAGGAUUUGCCACGAUGUGGACAGGCCUGGAAAUCGCAGCCAAGAGCAUCGCGAAGAGCGUUGCGACCGAGACCGUCACCACUGUCAAGCAUAAGUAUGGGGCUGAAGCAGGGCAGGCCACCGAUCACGCCGUCAACUCCGCCAUUAACGUGGGCGUCACCGCGUUCAACAUCGACAACCUGGGCAUCAAGACCAUAGUGAAAAAGACGGGUAAAGAAACUGCACAUGCCAUUCUGAAAGACUACAGAAUGCAAGACGGAGAGGAGACAGAGAAACAAGAGGAGAAGCCCAAAGAGCAGAAAUAGACUGCUGUAAUGUAAUGGACAGGGUUCUGCUUUAGAUGUCCAUUUACAAGGAAAAUAAAAAAAAAAGUGUUACGAUGUGUUAUGAAUGUAAACGAGUUUAACAUCAUGGUGGACAUAAUACUGACCCGCUUUGGUUUAUUUACAAAUAGUAACCUCUAAUGGCUCUCACUGUUUCAUUAUUUACCAACAUGCUGCCUAUAAAAUAUAGUUUGGGGCUAUUUUUAUACCGAUAAACUCCUCUUUAUAAGAAUCCUAACGAUUUUGAAGAAGAUCUCCAUCGUUGCCUUAUUCUGUACUAGCUGUGAAAGUCUAAUAGAUAAUGAUCUACAGUAGUUUAAUUCAGAACAGUUUCACUUUGGCCUUUAUUUGUCAAAGUUAUGACUUUGAUACGAUGAAAUCUGAACGCAAAACGAGUACGGUUUCACUAUUCGUCAGUUUCCUCCCAGCUGUAUCUGGAUGAAGAACUUGCGUCAGGUCAGAGAGCGCAUAAAUCUGAGUGUAACAUUUCAACAAACCAUAAUUUGUGGUUAAAACUUAUUUAAUUAAAUCAAAGUUAUUUAAUAAGCUAAUUAUUUCAAUUAUAUCUAUUUAUAUAGCACAUUCCAUAAAACGUGUUAAACUUUUUACUAAGACCAUAUAAUUAAGCAUGGUUAUUAAUCAAAGUUCAUCUAAGACUAAUAAUAAAUGGAAGGAGUCUCCAGUGCAAGUGAUUUGUAGCAGGGUAAGUUAAAGCUGUACGUUUUCUGCCGCAGGAAAGUUUACAGGUUUAUCAGUAGCAUAAGUUUUGUUUUUUUUUCCCCCACCUCUCUCAUAUUAGCAUCAAGAGAAUGUGAUGGAAUGACUGUUCAUAGCUACUGUAACACACGAUAACAGGUUUAGACAGAUAACUUCCACAACGUUAAACGCAACUAUAAAUAGAUAAAAGAUUUUUUUUUUUUAAUAAAUUAAAAAUUGUAAUCGGUGUCAAGGUUUUGUGGUUAAGAGGAAUGAAAACGCAUUAUUUUUCUAUAAUAGCACACCUUAUCGUGUUUUAUUCUGUAUAAUGUUAUGACUUUUUGACUUGACGCAUUACAUCUUCACCCUGAAAAUUAUAUAAUCAAUAUUGAUAUUCAUUCAAAAUACAAUUGUUAUUGUCAUAAUAGCUACACCUGCUUUCAUAAGGAAGUUUCGCAUAAAUUCUAUGCUGUAAAUUCGAAUGAUGGGAAAUUGUUGCUUAUGGAUAUAAUAUGCAAAUUAAGAACUGGUAGGCGGAGUCUUGCUCCCAAAUGGCCAAAGCUGCAUGAGAGAUUGUGCUGAAAUUCUCGCUCAUUCCAGUGUCGAACAAUUUCAUAAAUGGUGCAGAAAGUGUGUGUGUGUGUGUGUGUGUGUGUGUGUAAUUUGAUGAAUAAGGGCCAAAGUUCUUUAGCGAUACACUCGUAAAGUUAAACUGGUAAUGGUUUGUAAUGUUUCUACAAAAGUUCAUGUUCUGUGUCUAAAUGCUGCACUAGAUUAUAGAUUACAGAGUUCUAUACUGAAAUGCUUUAUUUAUUUAUUAAGAAAUGUUCUAUCAUUACUUCUCUUUUAAAGCUUUAACUCUAUUUCCAAGCACUUUACACUGUUAGGAAAAGAUUACAAGGCAGGUAAAUUAGGCCAAGACAUUUGGCCAAAUGUCUUUUUGAAGAUACAUAUUACUGACUACUAAUAAUUGAGAGAAAUAAGACAAAAUAAUAUAUUUUAAAUUUUUAGAUAUUUUAAUGGAGGUACUUUUGAACUGAAGCUAAUAUUUCAAUGAUGCAUUGCUAUGCAGUUACUCUACUGUCAGCAAAUGAAUGUGUGUGUGUAUUUGCUUUGCUGCUGUUAUUUUAAUAUUUUAAUUCCAAGCAAGCUAACAGGAAUGAGAAAUUUGAUUUGACUGACAGGUAGGUGAGCUUGAACUGAGCUACUUAUGUGUUAAACCAACAUUCAGGCACUGCCAUUCCUACAAAAGUUCAGACUCGUACGGUUCAGUGCAAAGGUCUCUGGGUGGAAAAAAAGAACUAUGUACUCAUAAUUUUCACAAAAUAGAAAAAAAGGAUGACAAAAUGGUAAAUUUGAAAUGUGGGUGUCUGUUUCAGGACAACACUCCAAAACAAAGUCAACAGGAAAAUAGUUUAAAAGUUACACCAUGACCCUAGCCUGUUUCUUUUUUUUUUUCUUUUUUCUUUUCAACUUACUUUGUAUGCAAGGAAAAGAUACAUAUGAUCAAGAAUAGUUUCAGACUGCAAUGGAAAACCACUUGAGAGAGAGUGUGUGUGUGUGUGUCCCUCUUGUUCAGUGCAUUCUUACUGUGUAAGCAUUAGGUUUAUCUGCAUAUAAAUAAUGGUUAAAUAUUAAUAUAAUUAUCUGACACAAUAAAUUGUACUAUUCAAACACA